UACCAUUUUAUUUCGACCUAGAACGACGUGUGCACGGGGCUGUGCAGCUAGCGCGCACCGUGUUUAGAAUGCGAAACGUUCGGUCGGGGCCUGCCGCUGUAGCUGCCAUUCUGAAGCCGCUUCCGUCGCCGUGGAACGUUUGUUGAGUGUUUUGCUGUGCGUUUUUUGUUGUUGUUUUUGUUACUUCUCCACCGCUUUCUCGUUCCGGUUCAUUUAUGCUUGCCGUGCGUUAGUGAAUGUGUUAAUCAAAAUCGGUGUUUUGGUGUGAACGACAUUUUUCGGUCGAAGGCCAGACCGCGCACGUCGAUACUGUUGUUGCGUCAGCACGCUUCGGUUUCGGGAACGACGCCGAAAAUUAUUAAAAAAAAAAAAAAAAAAACGCAGUAGCAAAGUGUUCGUGCCCCGGUCGAGUCGAUCGCCCCAAGCCCCAGACCAGUGCAUCAUGCGGUUACCUUCGUGCAGCAUAAACCCGGUGCCGUUCGAUCGAAACACACUCUCGCUGCCAUAAGACUGAACGCUGAGACCGGCGGUGCGAGCUUACACAACGGUGCCUUUUUUUUGAAGACGCAAAAAUCCGCACGGUGAGCCUUUUUUGCCCCCGGGUUGGGAUGUAGUGCACCGUGUCCGGUACCAGUGGUUGGUGUUACAGGUCGAUCUUGAAACGUGCUAUCAACAUAUCGACCGCCGGCAUUCCUUAUCAAUUGUGCUGGGUGUGUGUGUGUGCGUGAUCGUGUGAAUAGUGUAAGUGAACGUCAAACAAACAAAAAAAAACCAGAGAAAGAGAAAAAGAAAAGUGCGUCAAACAAAAAUGGCCAAAGUCGGUGAUGUGGACAACCGGCCGGUACAGCAGGGCUUUCGGCGCGAAAGUGAUGAGGGCAAGGCGGUGGCCGGCACGUCCGAAAGCCCCGACGCUGGCGGCGGCGGUGGCAUCGAGAUGAAGAAGGAGCUUGGCCUGAUGGAUGGAGUGGCGAUCAUCGUGGGCGUGAUCGUCGGUGCCGGCAUCUUCGUCUCGCCCAAGGGUGUGCUGCUCUACUCCGGCUCGAUCGGCGUGGCCAUCAUCGUGUGGAUACUGUCCGGUGUGCUGAGUAUGGUCGGUGCGCUGUGUUAUGCCGAGCUGGGCACCAUGAUUCCCAAGUCGGGCGGUGAUUACGCGUACAUCGGUGAAGCGUUCGGUCCGCUGCCAGCGUUCCUGUACCUUUGGGUGGCACUGCUGAUUCUCGUUCCGGCCGGCAAUGCCAUUACCGCGAUCACGUUCGCCCAAUAUCUGCUGCAGCCGCUGUGGCCCACCUGCGAACCGCCGUACGAGUCGGUGCGCUUGCUAGCCGCCGUUAUAACCUGUCUUCUUACCGCGAUCAACUGUCGAAAUGUGAAAUGGGUCGCCCGGGUGACGGAGACGUUCACGGGGAUGAAGGUGUUGGCCCUGCUGGUCAUAACCGGUGCCGGUGCGUGGCAUCUGAUGAGUGGCAACACGGAGCUGCUCGAGGCCCCGUUCGCCAACUCCAAGAUACAGCCCGGCUUCAUUGCGGUCGCUUUCUACAACGGGCUGUUUUCGUACUCGGGCUGGAAUUAUCUCAACUUUGUCACGGAGGAGCUGAAAGAUCCCUACCGCAACUUACCCCGCGCCAUCUGCAUCAGCAUGCCGGUCGUCACUGUCAUCUAUGUCAUCACGAACAUCGCCUACUUUGCGGUGCUACCGCCGGACGAGAUGCUUUCCUCGCAGGCCGUCGCGGUUACAUUUGCGGAGAAAAUGCUCAGCUUCAUGGCCUGGACGAUGCCACUGUUCGUGGCGUGCUCUACCUUCGGCUCGCUGAACGGUGCCAUCUUUGCCUCGUCGCGACUGUUCUUUGUGGGCGCCCGAAACGGACAUCUGCCGGCGGCACUUUCACUGAUCAACAUUAACUGUCUGACACCGAUACCUUCAUUGCUGUUCUUGUGUGCCCUUACGCUUCUGCUGCUGUUCAUUCGCGAUGUGUUUGCGAUCAUCAACUACGUCAGCUACGUGGAGAUCUUGUUCAUCUUCAUUUCCGUUGCCGGUCUGUUACGGUUACGGCAGAAGGCUCCCGAUGCACACCGACCCAUCAAGGUGUCCCUGAUCGUUCCGAUCGUGUUCUUACUGACGGCUGGAUUUUUGGUCAUCUUCUCGGUGUUUGAGUCGCCGAUGGAGGUCGGCAUCGGUACGCUCGUCAUACUGCUGGGCAUUCCCGUGUACUACGUCACGAUCGGGAAACCGUGGCGCUGGCUGACCCAAAAGUCGCAAUCGUUCAAUCGAUUCUGCUCCAAACUGUUCCUAUGCAUGCCGAACAGCGAAAAGCUCGACUAGGAUCUGAUGGCCUAGGCGCAUCCGCAAACAAAGCCACCCGUGUAUCAAGCUCAAACAUUAAUCUCAACGAAGGACAGUCCGAUGCCCGGUCGAAUAGCGCCCUCUUGCUCACAUAUCAUCUGUACUGUGUAUAUAGAGACUAUACUUUGCAUGGAUAGUUACAGCAACAACAAACAAACAAAAAACAUUAAAAUGAUAUGCUACAACAGCAACAACAUCAUUGAAAAAAAAACUAAAAACAUAACCCAUAAUCAACGUAAUUGCCUUCUCUCAAGCGCUCUUUCCACUGUUUUGUCGUGUCGAAUCGAUUUCUUAGGUGUAAGACAUUAAUCUAAUGAGUGAAGAAACUGAUACAGCAACACGGAAGCUCAACGUUGGCCUAUUGCAAUUGGCGUGUGUGAUCGUUUCACUUUGAAGCUACAAUACGACGGAGGAUUUCAAGUUUAGAGCGCUUUUCGCACGACGCCUUAACUGUAGUAUGCAUGAAAUAGAAA